GGAGGUGUUAAGCACUUUGCUUCAUUCCUCCCUCCUAUCUCCCACGCUUUCCCUUAUUCAACACGCACCCGCCUUUUCCGUUUCAUCCCUCCCUCUCUCUCUCUCUCUCUCGCGUCAGCUGCCCCUGUUAUCCUCAUCUUCGCAAUCAAUGCCGCCUUCUCCCUCUCUAGCUUCUUCUUUCUUAUAAUAAUGGGGGUGCUAGCCGUACCUAGAAACAUCUAAGCUGUCAUUCUCUCGCUCUGUAAGUGAGAUUCUUUGUCUAGAUUGACAUGGGUGCUCUUCAUUUGCGGUUUUUGCUCUGAGGUUCUGCGGACAAGCUGCAAAUGAAGAUCAUUGACUCUCCACUGGUGUUCUUGCUUCUCGUUUUCAUCUUUUCCACUGCGAUUUCAGCUUUUUCUUCUCCUGUUCGUGGACAGAGUACAGAUUCUCUCAAGUUCAUCUUAGGUGAGCAGAAUUUAGGGCAAUGGGGGAACGGGCUUGGUGAUUCUGCUCUGGCCCCCGGCCCUGGAGCUGAUGACAAAGAAACGCUUGUUCUGGCGGCAAAGAGGACAAAGAGGCCGGACAUUCUUUGCGGCUUCAGGUGGUAUCACGGUGGUUGGGACAUCACGAAUCGGCAUUACUGGGCUUCUGUAGGAUUUACAGGUGCUGCUGGUUUUAUCCUUGCUACUCUGUGGUUCAUCUCUUUUGGUGUGGCUCUUGUUGUACAUCAUUGCUGUGGUUGGAGAAUAAACAUCAAAGGCAAAGGGUCAACUCGCUCUCAAAGAAUUUGUCUUAUACUGCUCAUCGUCUUCACCUGUGCUGCUGCGAUUGGUUGCAUUUUUCUUUCUGUUGGGCAGAACGAGUUUUAUGGCGAGGCAUUGCAGACGCUGAAGUAUGUGGUGAACCAGUCAGACUACACUGUACAGACUCUGACCAAUGUCACGGACUAUUUGACACUUGCAAAGACAAUUAAUGUGGCCCAAGUUUUCCUUCCUUCAAAUGUAAAGGAUGAUAUUGACCGGUUGAAUGUGGAUUUAAAUACUGCAGCAAAUACACUGAUGGAAAAGACAAAUGAAAAUUCUAGCAAAAUGAGAAAAGUCUUCCAUACUGUACGAUCAGCAUUAAUUACUGUGGCAUCAGUAAUGCUUGUCCUGUCUCUGCUUGGUCUUUUCUUGUCUAUUCUUGGGUACCGGCAUGCAGUUCUCAUAUUUAUUGUUGGUGGAUGGUUCCUUGUGGCUAUUACAUUCAUUCUUUGUGGAGGUUUUAUAAUCCUCAACAAUGCAAUCUCUGAUACAUGUAUGGCAAUGGAAGAAUGGGUGGAUAAUCCUCACGCAGAGACUGCACUCAGCAGCAUCCUUCCAUGUGUUGAUCAAAGAACAACAAAUCACACAUUGGUCCAGAGUAAAAAAGUCAUCACCGAUAUUGUGAAUAUCGUCAAUCAAGUUAUAUACACUAUUGCCAACUCAGAUCUGCCAAACAAUGAUCCCAAAUACUAUAAUCAGUCUGGGCCUCUGAUGCCACCUCUAUGUUACCCGUUUGACUCUCAGCUGCAGGAUCAGCAGUGCGGGGAUAUAGAGGUGUCAAUAGCAAAUGCUUCUGUGGUUUGGCAGAACUACACUUGCAUGGUAUCGGCAUCAGGGUUGUGUGCAAGUGUUGGGAGGGUGACUCCAUCAAUGUUCGGCCAAUUGGUGGCUGCAGUGAACAUUAGUUAUGCUCUUGAGCACUACGCCCCACCGUUACUCAGCCUUCAGGAUUGCAAUUUCGUCCGGCAAACAUUCCUCGAAAUCACAUCCAGUUACUGUCCUCCUCUGGACCAUCAUCUGCAGAUGGUGAAUGCAGGACUGGGCCUCAUCUCAACUGGAGUCAUGCUGUGCCUCAUCUUAUGGAUACUGUAUGCAAACCGCUCCCGAAGGGAGGAAGUGUUUGUGAAUCUGUUUUCACCGAGAAAAAGCGGUGGCAGUGCUCACAAGAACACCCUUACCAAUGAUGCCAACAAAAAUACAUCAUUGAGCACCUCUCCAACACGAAGUGGAGACUGCACAGCACAAAAUGUGUAAACGAGUAUACCGAAAGUUGAAUGAAUGAAUUUUGUUUUACUGAAAUUGGCAGCAGCAACCAAGAUGGGGCGAAGCACCAUUUUGUGUUGGGGGCUACAGACCCUGCUGGUAAGCUUUUUUGUGUAUUUGGUUGCCUUUGUAUCAAGCAAAUGAGAAUGUAUUCUGUUAAUCUACCAAGUGUUCCUUGAGCUAGUUCUUUGAUUUCGGGGCAUACUCGUAUGACAACCUCUGGGCAAAUUGAUCUUUUCUCCUGUUAAAAGCUUCCAUUUUCCUUUGUUCUGUUUUGUUUUGCCUUCUUUUUCUGGAACAAAAUGAUUGUAUUUACCAUGAUGCUGUGAAUGUUCAUUCUUAUGGGUCAGAAUGUAAUAGUAAAAUAAAGGGAUAUAAGAAUUUUGGCAAUGGUUAAAAUGUGAAA